AUGUCAUGCUUUAUCUUCUUCAUUCUUUCCCCCCUUUCUGUUUAUUUUUCAUUUCUAUAUUUUCUUUUUUUCUUUCCUUUUUUGUCUUUCUUUCAUUGCCUUCAUUUACAUUGCUAUAUUUUCUUCAUUUUCUUCCCCUUUUUUUUCUCAUUCAUUUGCCUUCAUUUACAUUGCUAUAUUUCUUCAUUUUUCAUCCCUCUUUCUGUUUCAUUCAUUGCCUUUCUAUAUUUUCUUCAUUUUCAUCCCUUUCUGUCUUAUUCAUUUUCAUUUACAUUCGAUAUCUUCUUCAUUCUUUUAUUUUCAUUUACGUGUUCAUUUUUUCUUCUUGUCGUUCAUUCAUUUUCAUUUACCUAUAUCUUCUUCAUUUUUCUUCCCUCUUUUCUCUCAUUCGCCUUCAUUUCUUGCUAUAUUUUCUUCAUUUUCUUCCCCCUUUUUUGUCUCUCAUUCAUGGCCUUCAUUUACAUACGUGCUAUAUCUUCUUCAUUCUUCUUUCCUUUUUUGUCUCAUUCAUGGCCUUCAUUUACAUACGUGCUAUAUUUUCUUCAUUCCUCUUCCCCCUUUCUGUCUUUCAUUCAUUGCCUUCAUUUACAUACGUUCUAUAUUUUCUUUUUUUUCCCCCUUUUUUGUCAUUCAUUGCCAUCAUUUUUCGUUGAUUUUCAUUUUUCUUCCCUUUUUUUGUCUCUCAUUCAUUGCCUUCAUUUCAUACGUGCUAUAUCUUCUUCAUUUUUCUUUUUUUUUCAUUUUAUCAUUUUUUCUAUAUUUUAUUUUUUUUUCCCCCCUUUUUUGUCUCUCAUUCAUUGCCUUCAUUUACAUACGUGCUAUAUUUUUUCAUUUUUCUUCCUCUUUCUGUCUCUCAUUCAUUUUCAUUUAGACAUUAUAUCUUCUUCAUUUCUUCCCCUUUUCUGUCUCUCAUUUCAUGGCCUUCAUUUACAUACGUGUAUAUUUUAUAUUUUCUUCUUUUUUUUCUUUUUUUGUCUCUCAUUUUGCCUUCAUUCUACGUGCUUAUUUUUUCAUUUUUUCUUCCUCUUUUUUGUCUCUCAUUCAUUCCUUCAUUUUUAUUACUGUUAUAUUUUCUUCAUUUUCAGUCAUUCAUUUCUAGCUAUAAAUUCUUUCCUUUUUUUGUCAUUAUUCGAUUUUUCCCCUUUUUUCUCUCAUUGCCUUCAUUUACAUACUUCAUUUAUUUUUUCCUUCCCCUUUUUGUCUCUCAUUAUUGCCAUCAUUUUCUUCAUUCAUUUUUCUUCCCCCUUUUUUGUCUCUCAUUCAUUGCCUUCAUUUCAUUGCUUAUAUUUUCUUCAUUUUUCUUCCCCCUUUUUUGUCUCUCAUUCAUUGCCUUCAUUUACAUACGUGCUAUAUUUUCUUCAUUUUUCUUCUUCUCUCUCAUUCAUUGCCUUCAUUUACAUACGUGCUAUAUUUUCUUCAUUUUUCUUCCCCCUUUCUGUCUCUCAUUCAUUGCCUUCAUUUACAUACGUGCUAUAUUUUCUUCAUUUUUCUUCCCCUUUUUGUCUCUCAUUCAUUGCCUUCAUUUACAUACGUGCUAUAUCUUCUUCAUUCUUUUGUCUCUCAUUUUCCCCCUAUAUUUUCUUCUUAUUUUUCUUCUUUCAUUCAUUGCCUUCAUUUACAUACGUGCUAUAUUUUCUUAUAUUCUCAUUCAUUGCCUUUUUUACCUAUAUUUUCUUUUUCAUUUUUGUCUCUCUCAUUUCAUACAUAUAUAUUUUGCCUUCAUUUACAUGGCCUUCAUUUGCUAUAUAUUUUCUUAUUUUUCAUCCUUUUUUCUCUCAUUCCCUUCAUUUCUGUCUAUAUCAUUCUUUUUGUGUCCAUUCAUUGCCUUCCUUUUACAUACGUGCUAUAUUUUCUUAUUCUUCAUUCUUCAUUUCCCAUUUUUCUAUAUUUUCUUCUUUUCUCUUCAUUCAUUGCCUUCUUAUUUUCUUCCCUUUUUUGUCUCUCAUUCAUUGCCUUCAUUUACAUACGUGCUAUACGUUCUAUAUAUUCUUCAUUUCUUCCCCCUUUUUUUGUCUAUCAUUCAUUGCCUUCAUUUUGCUAUAUUUUUUCUAUUUUCUUCCUUUUUUUUUUAUUCAUGGCCUUCAUUUACAUACGUGCUAUAUUUUCUUCAUUUUCAUUCUCAUUCUUCUUCCUUCUUUCAUUUUGUCUCUCAUUCAUUGCCUUCAUUUACAUACGUGCUAUAUUUUCAUUUUCUAUUUUUCUCCCCCCUUUUUUCUCAUUCAUUGCCUUCAUUUUUGCUAUUCUUCUUCAUUUUUUCUUCCUUUUUGUCUCUCAUUCAUUGCCUUCAUUUACAUACGUGCUAUAUUUUCUUAUAUUCAUUCUUCAUUUUCGUGCUAUUCUUCAUUCCUCUUCCCCUUUGUCUUUCAUUCAUUGCCUUCAUUUACAUACGUGCUAUAUCUUCUUCAUUCUUCUUCACCCUUUCUGUCUCUUAUUCAUUGCCUUCAUUUACAUACGUGCUAUAUUUUACAAAUCUAUCUAUCUAUCUAUCUAUCUAUCUAUC